AUGCAUCUCGUCAACUUUCUCUACCCAGCGCUGCUGGCAGUGAGUGGCGCUGAAGCCCUCCGCUCUGACAAAGUCAAGCUCGCGAAUAUACAGAGUCUCACGCUGCGCAAAGACCAAAAGACUUCUGCGCGACGCGUUGAUCCAAUACCGCAGCUGAAAUGCAUUGGCGGUUCGGCACGCGGCCUCUAUGAACCCGAUGUGAUGCGCUGCAAGAACAGCGGUUCCGACUACGACGAAAACUCGAUACAAUGGACAUGCACCGCCUCGCUUCCCGAAGAGUUCAAACUUGGCUCUACCGACGUCAUCUGCGAAGGCUACGAUUACCCCGAAGACCCCUAUAUCCUGAAAGGCAGCUGUGGUGUCGAGUAUCGCCUCAUACUCACGGAGAAGGGGCAGGAGAAAUAUGGAAAGGGAAGAGGAGGAUGGCAUGGUGACGACGACGAAGACCGACGUGAUGGGCCCAAGACCAUGGGCGAGAAGAUUGCUGGUGGACUGUUCUGGAUGCUAUUCGGUGGUGUUGUACUAUGGAUGAUAUACUCUGCGUUGAGAAACCGCGCGCAAGGUCCCGAUGGCGGCGUAGCAGGCGGCAAUAGACCUGGCUGGGGAGGCGGCGGUGGUGGAUGGGGAGGAGGUUACAACGAUGAUAACGACGACCCACCUCCACCGUAUUACCCGAACAACCCGAACAAUCCUAGCAACCCCAAAGCAGGCUACGGCGCGACACAGGGCUGGAGGCCUGGCUUCUGGUCUGGUGCUGCAGGCGGUGCUGCCGCCGGAUGGGCUGCUGGUCAGUUCGGCAACAGAGGGAACAGGAACAACCAGACUGGUGGCUGGGGCGCUGGAAGCGGUAGCGGCAGUCGCUGGAACAAUGGUGGUGAAGGAAGCUCAAGAAGUUCAUCUGGUGAUAGUUUCUCCAGCCCUAGGCAUGAGAGCACUGGGUUUGGAGGGACGUCACGCAGAUGA